GAGCAGCUGUGGGAGGCCAACACCCGCCUGGUCAAGGAUCACCUGCUGGGGGCAGUUGAUGACAUCACCAAGUUCUUGUUCACUGGUGGUCGCACAAGCCCCAGUGCCUGUGAGGUGGCUGAGCAGUACCAAAGAGCCAUCGAGGACAUCCCAAGGCUCCUUCGACCCCCGGAGUGUUCCCAAGGUGUCCCCAAAGUGUCCCCAGUGAGCAUGGAGCUCCAAAAGCUGUCCCCAGCCCUGUUGCAGUCACAGGUCACCAUGGUGGCCACCCUGGGCGAGCUGCUGGCCACCCUGCCCAGGUGGGAUGAGGAGAUGAUGAUGCUGCUCGAGUCCCCAAAGUGUCUGUACAGUGAACUGCUGGGCUUCACCAGGAUGAUUGGUUGGACCCUCUAUGAUAUUGAUGAUGCCUGGUACCACCACAAUGUCACCUAUGAGCAUGUACGUCCCACGUCCCUGAGCCGGGCCCUGGCCACCUACAAGAGCACCCCAUGGACCUCCUGGUUCCAUGUGAGAAAGGUGGCCAAGAAGUGGCAGGAGUCGGUGGAUUGGCAUGUCGACAGCUGGGCCAGGCUGGCCAGGAAGGCCACCAAGCUCCGCAAUGCCUUCAGGAUGACGGUCACUGAACUGACUGACAAGGCGGCCACCAACACCGCCUGGGCCAGGGAGCUGCAGGACGAGGCUGCCUGGGAUGGAACAGCUCAGGAAAACAUGGUGGAGCUGGGUCAGGCCGUGUACAGGGAGGAGGGGGCUGAGGUGGUGGCCGGGCCUGAAGCCCAGGUGAGGAGAGAGGCCAGGGUGGCUGCCAUUCUGGCCACUAGGGUAAGCAGAAGGAGACAGCGGCUGGAGCCGGCCCUGGAGCGCUUGGUGGCCGUGUGUGAAGAAGCCGCCGCAUUCACCCGGGAGCUGCAGCGCAGGGUUGGGGACAUCGAGGCCGCCCUGAAGGGGACAAAUGAGGCAUCCCCCAAUGUCCCCGAGGACUUGGUGGCCAAGGUGGCUGUGGCCGAGUGGCUGUGGGAGGCCAACGCCCGCCUGGCCAAGGAUCACCUGCUGGGGACACAUGACUACAUAUACAAGUUCUAUAUCGAUGGUGAACCCACCAGCCCCAGUGCCUGUGGGGUGGCCGAGCGGUGCCAAAGAGCCACCGAGGACAUCCCAAGGCUCCUUCAACCCCAAGAGUGUCCCCAAGGUGUCCUCAAGGUGUCACGAGGGAGCAUGGAGCUACAAGAGCUGUCCCCAGCCCUGUUGCAGCCACAGGUCACCAUCGUGGCCAUACUGGGUGAGCUGCUGGCCACCCUGCCCAGGCGGGACGAGGAGAUGCUGCCUGUGUCCCAAGGGCGACUGUACUGGGACCUGAUGGACUUCACCGAGGAGCUCUGGGGCAGCCUAUAUGAUAUUGAUGAUGCCUGGUGGUACUGCAAUGUCACCAACUAUGAUGACGGCCCUGUCACUUCCCUGAGCCAGACCCUGGCUGCCUACAAGGGCAUCCCAGGGACCGCCUGGGGUGAUGUGACAAUGGCAGCCAGCAAGUGGCACAGGUCGGUGGAUGUGCUCAUGGACAGCUGGGUUCAGCUGGCCAGAAAGGCCACCAAGCUUCGUGAAACCUGCAGGAGUUUGGUAAAUGAGGUGACCGACAGGGUGACCACCGCCACCACCCAGGCCAGGGAGCUGCAGGACGAGGCUGCCCAUGAUGCUCUCGAAAACAUGGUGGAGCUGGAUCAGUCCCUGGGCAGCGAGGAGAGGGCCUGGGAGGGGGUAGUGGCCAGCAUUCCUGUCACCCAGGCAACAAGGGCCACCAUGCUGCAGUGGCAGCUCGAGGACAUCAAGACCACCCUGGAGGGGAUAAAUGAGGUGUUCCCCAAUGCCCCCGAGGACUUGGUGGCCAAGGAUCACCUGGGGAAGGCACUUCAAGACAUCAUCAAGUUCUAUAUCGAUGGUGGUCCCGCCAGCCGCAUUGGCUGUGGGCUGGCUGAGCGGUGCCAAAGAGCCAUCGAGGACAUCCCAAGGCUCCUUCGACCCCCAGAGUGUCCCCCGAGUGUACCCAAGGUGCACCCAGUGAGCAUGGAGCUCCAACAGCUGCUGGCCACCCUGCCCAGGCGGGACGAGGAGAUGCUGCCCGUGUCCACAGUGAGCCUGUACUGGGAGGUGGUGGACUUCACUGAGAGCCUCUGGGUCACCCUGUACUGCACUGAGGGCACUUGGUGGCGCCGCAAUGUCACCUACGAUGAUGGUGACCCUCUCACUUCCCUGAGCCAGGCCCUGGCUGCCUAUGACAGCACCACCUGGACCAACUGGGACGAUGUGACAAUGACAGCCAGCAAGUGGCACAGGUCGGUGGAUGUGCUUGUGGACAGCUGGGCCAAGCUGGCCAGGGCGGCCACCCAGGUCCACAACACAUGCAGGGAGGUGGCCACUGAGGCGGCCGACAGGGUGGCCACCGCCACUGCCCGGGCCAGGGAGCUGCAGGAUGAGGCUGCCCAUGAUGGGACAGCUCAGGAAGACAUGGUGGAGUGA